AUGGAAAAUAUAAUACUAACAGCUCUAAAUCUUAACAAAGUCUGCAGAGUAUGUCUAAUGGAAUGUGACAGUAUGUUUUCAAUAUACAGUGAAUUAUUUGAAGAUAAUUCUGAUGAAAAAAUUCCUUGUAUUUAUGAAAUACUUAUUAGUAUUUCUUCAAUUAAGGUUCAAUCUGACGAUGGACUCCCUUCGAUGAUUUGUACUAAAUGCAUCGACAAAGCACAUAGUUCGUACAAAUUUCAACAACAAUGCAACAAAUCUCAAAUCCUACUUGAAACCUAUAUCGAACACAUUAACAAGGAAUUGGCGCAUGCUGAAGAUGUUUCAAAGACUAUAGAAACAAAUCAGAAAUACGGUUUGAAAAGCGAAACUGUUGAAUCAAGUGAUUCAGAGUUACCGCCAGAAUUAGUUUUGAUUAAUGAAAAUGACCUAAUAAAAAAUGAAGUAGAAGAAAAUGAAUGCGAUUCUCUGAAAAAUUGCAUACCAUUAGGUGAAGACACGGUAGAUCAACUCAUUAAGGAUAACUUACAAGUAGAUAAUUUAGAACUGAUUUCUCCUAAGAUUAGGUCGUUUAAUUUAGAUUUGAAGAAUGAGGAGGUUAGAGACUGCUCUGCGACAUCUAAUCGGGGAAAGUCUAUUAAGGAGAUACCUAAUAUGAAUUAUUAUAAGAAAGAAAAGGGUGAUAAAACAGUAGAAUAUGUAUGCAACCUAUGCGACAAAAGUUUCAAAUAUGGCAAUAGCUUGAGGAUCCACUUGAAGAAUCACAGCGAUGAGAAACCGUACAUGUGCAGCGAGUGUAAAAAGAGUUUUAAAAUAUACACAUCCUUAAUGCACCAUGUACGUAGCCAUUCUGGGGAACAGCCGUACGAAUGUAAGGAAUGCGGAAAAAAAUAUAAACAGUCCGGUACCCUCACAGCUCACAUGCGGAUACAUACAGGUUCAAAGCCGUUCUUAUGCUCAAUAUGCGGGAGGGGGUUCAGACAAGCCCCCGACUUGACUUACCACAUGAGAACGCACACAAAGGAAAAGCCGUACAUGUGUAACAUCUGCGGCAAAACGAUGUCCAUGCAAUGCCAUCUGGUCCAACACAUGAGAUCACAUACGGGAGAAAAACCGUUCCAAUGCCCAAAGUGCGACAAAGCCUUUCCCUCAUCGACGAGGCUGAAACGACACUCUAUAACGCACACAACUUUAAAACCCUUCAAGUGUCACAUCUGCGACAAGUGCUUCAAUAGAAACAGUAGCCUCCGAGUCCACACGAAAACACACUUGGGCGUCCGAUCUCACGCCUGCUCGAUUUGCAACAAAGCAUUCCUGUGGGCGCACUCCCUCAGAGGGCAUAUGUUAACGCAUUCGAAAGAAUCGGGUGAGAAGAAUGCACAGGUUGGUUCUACGAACGUUUCUAGUCCUACAUCGACCGUCUCUGCGCCAGGCAAAGAGGUGUCCAAUGUUAAGUUUAACACCAUGACGAUUUACGCGGAUUCGUCGCUAGAUAAAUCGACGAAUGAUUCAUUCGCGAUAUAUUCCUCUGGAAACGGGAAUCGAACCGCGUCGGAGACCUUUCAGAUAUACUCGGUGGGUAAUUCGGAAGAUACGGACAGAGUCGAGACUUUUACGCUUUACUCGGCGGAGUCGAAUGCGGACGAGGCUUCAGGUAUACAUUCCUCGAUGGUACAUCUUUCUGCGGUUAAAUUGUAAUUUACACACAAUUCUUUCUAGUCUGUCCGUGAACCAUAGCUAUUUUUCUCUUUAAAGUGUUACAUUAUUAGGGAGCAAAUGUAGAAUUAGUUGAAUCGCAAUCAAUUUUUAGCGUUCAAAAAUUUUUUUUUAACAAUAUUUGAAAAAUAUUAACUAAUUAUUUAAAUUUACGAAGCUUACCACUUACAAAGCUUGUAAUUGCGGGGGUUACAAAAAAACAUUUUUAAUAUUGCAUUCUAUACAGGGUGUACCUUUUAUACGUCAAUAAAACUUGGGGGUGGGUUCCUCGUGUGUUGCAUUUCCGAAAGGGUUUUUCUUAAUAAUUAUCUUUAAAUCGGCUAAAGAUGAUGUUAAAAUUCGUACAAUUUAGCCAAAAAUAUCCUGUAUCUAGCAAAUGCAAUGUUCAUGAAACCUUAUAUAAACACUAUUUUUCCCAGAAGAACCCACCCUUAUUUUUUUUGAAGUAUAUGAUAUGAAUAUUAUUUCAGUAAACCUAC